GUCACUUCAAAUUUUCUUCUUGUAUCUCUUCUAUUUUUCUUGCUUUUUGUCUUCACCUCCAGUCACCUUCUUCUCUUAUUUAUAAUAACGUCACUUGCGUCUUCUUUCUUUUGUUUCUUUCAUUUGUCAAUUGUCAUUCAAUUCUUUUAAGGUUAAAUCAAAAUUUGCGAAAAGAAAUAAUGAAAUAAAAAAUAUCUUUCAUCAUUUUUGUUUAUUUAUGUGAAAUUCAGUUCUCAAAAUGAACAAGAUAUUCACGAGGACUGCUCAAUUAUUGACUCGUCCCAACGGUAUCCAAGCGGAGAAAUUCGCAAGCACCUUCAAAGCAGCAGUGAUAAAAGAAGCAGGACAGCCUCUAGAGAUCCAAGAGCGAAAAGAAGUCAAGCUGAAACCGAACGAAGUUCGUGUGCAAGUGGUUUACUGCAGUCUCAAUUCGGUGGACUGCCACAAAUUCAGGGACGGUGGUGGCGAAUUACCUUUUGUACCUGGCUAUGAACUGUCUGGAGAGGUGAUUGAAAGAGGCAAAGACAUCACUAAUGAGCAGAUAAUCGUAGGUGAUAGGGUAGCGGGAUUGAACCUCGAAAAUUUCGGGGGCUUAGCUGAACAGUGUGUGCUAGAUAUAGAAGAUGUUUGGAGGAUACCUAGUGAAUUGGAGAGGAAAGAUGCUGCAGUUAUGGCAUAUGGGCACUCUACUGCAGUUUAUGCUUUUUCUAAGUUAGCUACAGUGAAAGAAAAUGAUAGAGUGAUUAUUUCAGCAGGGCCAGCUGGACUGGGGCUUGCUGCAGUGGAUGUUGCUGCUAAUGUAUUCAAAGCAAAAGUGAUAGGACUUGUAGAUACAGAAGAGAGAGGUGAGUUAGUUAGAGAAAGGGGAGCAUUUCAGACUUUACAUUUUACUGAAAAGUUGACAAAGCAGUGUAUGAAAAUUACUGAAAAUAAGGGAGCUCAUAUAGUCUAUGAUGCUGUGGGAGAUCAAAUGAUGGAUAGUAUAGGAAGUUGUGUUUCAGUAGGUGGGAAAAUCUUCCACGCUGCUCCAUAUUUUUAUAAAACAGUGCCAGCUCCCAAACCACAUUCUUUUCUAACUAUAGUGAGUCUUAAGGAAUUGAGGAGACAGAAUAAACAUUUGUACAAAACCAUAGUGGAAGAUACACUAGAGUUAGCAAAUGAAGGACUGAUCAGUGCACAUGUUAGUGCAAAGUUCACUUUGAGCCAAAUAAAUGAUGCAAUUAAAUUCAUUGAAGAUAAAAAAUGCACUGGGAAAGUUUUGAUUCACAUAGAUGAAUAGUGUGUAAGUUGAAAAGUAUUUUUAAUUAGUUUAUUAUUUAUUGUUUCAAAUAUAAUAUUUAUUUUUUAUUGAAAAUAAAAUGGUGGAUUUCAUAGUCUCUUUUCCACCUAAAGGUAU